AGGACAGGUGGGGCAUAAAGCUCCAUUUAUGUUUCAAUUUGCCAAGUUGCCAUUUUCGACAUAUGUUUUGUAUAAAACAGGAACAACAUCGAUACUUGGUUAUGAGCAGAUCUGUUGUAGUUCAGACUUUCAGGAUAUUGGCAAGUUUAGAGUCUAUUGUGAGGGUUAUUUUUGAUAUUUUUUAAUUCCAAAAUUGGCUCAUUUAACUUGUUUUUCUCAAAUCAUUCGGUGCCCACCUGAAUUAUGUCUUUGAAUGGUGAUCUUUUGUCUGAAAUUUUAGGGCGUGUGGAUGGCAUAACACUUGCAAAUGCAGGGUGUGUUUCUUCAGAGUUUCGGUCCAUUGCAAGACAGGAGAACAUGUGGGAAGAGGCAUGUUCGAAUCUCUGGCCCUCCACAGUGGACACAGAUGUUAAGCAACUCAUCUCUUCUUCAUUGGGUGGCUUCAGAAAUUUUUAUGCAAAUUGCUUUCCAUGCAUUGCCUAUGAAAGUAGUGAGAAAGAUUUCAAUUGCAGUGAGAUGAAAAAGAUUUGUGAUGACAGCCUAGAGCUCCAUUCUUGUGAUCCCUCUGACUUUGUAUCCCUUGUUGAUGUGUGGUACAUGGACAAGAUUGUCUAUUCCAAAAUUUUGUGGGGCAUUCCUAAUGCAUGUAAUGUUGAGGACUGGUUCUGUAAUCGCCCCUUUAGAGUUGAUUUCGUUGAUUUUUGGGAUUUAGACAAUGAGGAUCCAACUACUGAAGAUGGGUUUCCUACAGUUGUGUCUUUUGACAAGGUGAGGAUGGAAGAUAAAAGUUGGGGGAAACUGAUGGAGAAUUUUAGGCUUACCUGGAUUCUUAUAAACAGGAGAACAGGGGAAGCUGCUAAUCUUUCAAGCUGGAGACCUCUGCUUGGCGAGAUGUUUUCUGAUACAGAUUUUUUUAUGCAGUUUGGCUCCUUAUUACCUGCUCAAAACAUAUUGCCUUUCAAGGAUGUGCAAUGUAUAAUUGCCAUAAAGAUUAGACUGUCGAAGGAUUAUCAUGGCAAUAUGAAGAUUACUGAACUUGGUAUGCAGGUGGAGGACAUGAUGGGAGGUCGUGUUAAUGGGAGGAACAGUCUGGUUAUACUAGAAAGAGCUUUAAGUUGCAGGAAAAGUAAGGAGCAUCAUCAGAUUUUCCAAUCAUAUCAGAAAUACUUGAGCCAACAGAGAAAACUAAAAGAAGCAAUGGUGAGGAACGAAGGCGUUCUAGACACCCUCUGUACUUUAAGUGCCAUUGUUUCAUUUCUUUCAUUUUGCUAUUUGAUUUUCAGAAUGAUUUGUGCUAUCUGAGCUCUGUGAUCCUCAUCUGUCACAUUAAUUUUAGAGCAAGUACGUAAAAUUAUACAUAAUAGAAUUACUCUCGAUCUGUGUAUACUAUGAGUAAGAAGUUUCACCUACCCUUUUGAUCUUAA